CGAAACAUCGUCACGAACAUAGAAAUUAUAAAUAUCUUUUUUCAGUUUUGCAGAAAGUUGAACUGAAGUACGAUGAUGAGUUGGUUUAGGAAUUAGACCAAAUUUCUGAGCUAAAUGCUGAACAAUUUUUUUUUUUUUUUAUCACAUUUCGGCAAAGCCGAAUUAACCGUUUUCAAACACUUUCCGAACGACUGACGACUCUUGAAUGCACUGGGAACUGUUUUUGUAUUCAAACGUUUUCUUUUACUCUUACGAAAAUUAACUUGAUUGAUUUUAUUUUUCAAACGGAAUGCUGCCAGAUCUAGACCGGUUAACUUCUCUCUCUUCAAAUUACCACGAACACGAGCCUUAGCUUUCGCCGCUUCAUAUUUAACCUUAUCUUUUUUUAUUUUCUCACGAUAUUUUUUUGCGCUUUCCGCCUGACUCAUGGCCAUUCUCUUAUCUCACUAGGAAAUCCAAACAACACUUACCUUGCAAAACAAUAGAAUAGAAAAUAGAAUAUGAGAGCUAAUAGAAGUAAAAAACAUAAACAAUAUUGUUCUCUUUUUUUAAAAAUAUCACACUUAUAUGGAUGGAAGCAAAUCUUGCUUCUAAUGCGUCGUUCUUUUAUGCUUAGCUUUCGGCAAAAUAAAAGGGGUGAGUGUGUAGAUUACAUUUUUCUCUCUCGCUAGUAAAUUAGAUUUUUCUUUUCUUUCGUGCUCUCUCAAAGCAACGAUCACAAUACACGCAGGAGACAGAUGGACAUAGAGCUGUAUCUGAAGCGUAAAGUACACUCUGUAUACAGAAGGUCAACGAGUUCUAUUCGAAGCUGAUGCUCUACGUGCUCUCCGUUUGGCUGAUUUUGAGCGAUUUAAAUCGAUUUUGGACCACUGUAAUAGAUUUAAAUCGAUUUCAAGCGAUUUUGUGACUAAAAAUCGAUUUGAACUAAUUUAAAUCGAUUUUGGCUGAUUCUGUCACUCAAAAUCGAUUACGCAAGAAUCAAUUUUCAGCCAUUUUCAAGGGGGGAAAAGCUGGUUUUGGGUAUCAAAAUGACUGAAAAUCAAUUCUUGCGUAAUCGAUUUUGAGUGACAGAAUCAGCCAAAAUCGAUUUAAAUUAGUUCAAAUCGAUUUUGAGCCACAAAAUCGCUUGAAAUCGAUUUAAAUCUAUAACAGUGGUCCAAAAUCGAUUUAAAUCGCUCAAAAUCAGCCAAAAUCGAUUUAAAUCGCUCAAAAUCGGCCAUAAUCGACAAGAGCUCCAAAUCAGCUUUUUCCCCGUUGCUUGAUGAAUGAGUUUUUGUGUCAGUUAAAAUCCAGCAUGCUGAUUCUUUAUGCAAAUAUUGUCUCAGAAUUAGUGUCAUUCAUAAGAAUCCAUACUAUAAAUAAAUGAAUGAAUUUUGUUUAAUCGUUAGAUUAAAUUUCGAUGCACGAUUACAAGUUUUUAAUUUCAUAUUCUAAGUACGAUUGUCAGAUAAAAUGACUUCGCGCUUUUAAUGUUCAACUCUGUACUGUUUUCUUCAGGCACAUUCCAUACAUAAUUCCAUCCAGAGUUUAUAAACAAUCGUUUACGCUACUGAUUAAGAAUUCGUACUUUUGUCUCAAAAUUAUGACACACCAAUACUUGCGCUGAUCUCCCUUAGUGUUGAACGCUCCUCGCGCUGAACUCUCCGUUUCUCGUUAGCACACUCACAUACAAAUAGUUUAACUAGGCUUUUUGUAUAAUACUGCUUCAGACAUAGUAAAAAUCUCAAAUCGAAUACCAUAGCAUUGCAUUAUGGCACAGAAAAUCAUUUACCCUCAUUCCAAAUUGAAUAUGAAUGAAAACUUCAACAGCAAUCAUAUGGUAUAGUGAUGAUUAAAGAGUUAUUCAAGAAUAUAGAAUUGAAAUUUCAUCGACAAAAUUAAACAUAUAAUCGACCGUUAGCAUUUAUUAUUGGUACAUAGACAAAGAAGGAAAUCUGAUUUUCUUCACAAAGGAUCCGGAGUUCUACGUUGUCUUGUAUAUCGAUCGACACUAUUUCGAACAGCUAUUGGAAACAAAAAUUAAACGACAAUUACCAAAAACGAGACGCCCACAAUACGCAGUGUCAUUAAAAUUUGUCAAUAACAAUAAUAUACUGAGUAUAUAUGGCUGUUAUUGCUCCUACGAAAAAGAGGUUUUAAGAGAUAAGUUAUAAAGAGAGGAAGGAUAUUAUCAAAAGCUUUCUGUCGUUGGUUUUUCUUUUUUUGCCAUUAUGUUAAUGAAACUUUAACGUUGGUUGUACGAGUUUGUUAACUCUUUGAAGGACAGUAAAUUCCAAAAUGAAAAGGAAAACGUUUCAUCUGUCCCUAUUUUUCUUUCGAUUCAGAACCAUGAAAGAGAGUUUUAUUACAUGGUAAUUUGCGUAAGCUAUCACUCCACUCAUAUUCCUGACAAACUAGAGAGACCUGAAAGAAACUGAAUCCUUCCUGAAAUAUCGUAAUGAUAUUUGGUCGUGGUCAUGUGCUAAACAACAACGACUAGAAUUAGACAGAGGUCAUCGAUGUACAAUUAUAUUUUCUAUUCAUCAGCCGCGUUAUUCAAUAUUUGAAUUAUUUGAUUGUAUUUUAUUAUUAUCAAGCGGAAGAUGUAGUUAUCAUGGUCGAUCAGAGGAUUUGCUACCUUAUUUUUCUUCUAUUGGAUUUUCCCUGAAAGAAAAUGAAAAUCCAGGUGAUUUCUUGUUGGAUAUUGUACAAGGUGUUCGGCAACCGUUAGGAGAAACACUGUUUGUUGACAAAGAAACCUUAGUUCAAUAUUUAUACGAUAAAUAUCACAAAUCGAUUAUCUAUGCUAAGAUUAAACAACAACUAGAUGAAGUUGAUAAUCACUCAUCACGAAUAGAGACGGCGAAUAAUCACAAACUAUUAUUGCCAGAAAAAUCAUGUUUAAAGGAAUUUUAUUAUCUUUCACAAAGAGCAUUACGAAAUGCAUUUCGUAACCCACUUUCAAUGGCAACACAAACAAUUCUUACCGCUUUAAUUGCAAUACUAACUGGUUGCACCUUUUCAAAUACAGAUCGAACAGGUGUUAUUGACAGUGAAUAUCGUUCCCAAGCUAUUUUCUUCGUUUUAUUAUCAAUUUUUUUCGGACAACUAUCGGCAGUUGAACUACUUGUCAAACGCAAAAUCCUAUUUAAUCAUGAGAGAGAAAGUGGCUACUAUCGUGUAUCAACCUACUUCAUUUCGGAACUGGCUUGUGAUUUAAUAACAGUUAGGUUGAUACCGUUAGUCUUAUAUUCUCUUGUUGUUUAUUUUAUGAUCGGCUUUCAACGAAUAGCAUCGAAAUUUUUCAUAUUCUUUGUAACUUUAUUUUUAACAAAUUUGUGUGCAACUGCACUGUGUACUUGUAUAGCAGCAAGUAUAAAUGAGUUUGGUACUGCUAACAUAUUGGUUUGCUUGGGUAUUGAAAUAAUUAUGAUAUUUUGUGAUUUUAUCGUUGAAACAAGCUCUAUAACGCCUCUUUUAUCAUGGAUGUGCCCAUUAAGUGCGUUUCGUUAUGCAUACCAUAAUUUACAUAUCAAUGAAUUUACAGGUUUAAAAUUAUGUUUACCGAAUAGCAUGCAAAAGUGCUUAUUUCGUGGUGAAAUUAUAUUACAACGUCUGUAUGUCGAUUACAAAACAGAUUGGAAUUUAUGGAAAAAUUUUUUCGGGAUAGGCUCAGUAACAUUUAUUUUGUUCAUAUUAACAUAUAUUCAAUUACUCAACGCGAAAAUAAAAACUCUGUCUCACGUAUCUCAAUCGACACAGAGUAUUUGGAGACACAAGCGGGAUCAAUGUUGGACAUAUUUUUCGAGACAUUAUGACAUGUUGAGACACAUUUUGCCGGGACACAAGACGCAUCACGAGUAGCCGCAUAGACAUAGUUCUAUGUACGAAACCAGAAAUAACAGCAUUAGUUAUAAUAAUAACAGUAAACAGUUGAAGUUUGUGAAUCUUUUUAUCUAUACAAACUUUACAUUACAAAUAGUAUCAGCUACGUGAUGUUUUAAACUGUAUUUAUUGAAGAGAAAAGACACACAUACUGUCGAGUGCACUACUCAUACUCACUAUAAGCAUAUUUGUCAGAGAAGAAGGUAGAAUGAUAAAAACACGUACGCAAAAAACCGCAAAAAGGCAGACAAAUAUAAAAAGGGUUGUGGGGUGAGUGGGAGCUAGAGGAUACCGCAUAAGUUAUGGUUUGUGACAUAUGCAAUAAUGCAUGGUACCACUAAUUUAAAGUUAGAGCAAGUUUUCAUUUUUCCUUUAUGUAUACAUGGUUGGAUAGGGCGUUGUUGUUAGAAGAAAAAAUCUUGCUCAAAUUUGGAAUUACGUGUACCUUACUAGUUACCAAUAAUUGACUAUAUUCUUUCACUGGAAUUUUUUUAUCCUUUGCUAACUGCAUUUAUCUAUUAUUCGUCUGUUUCUUGCCUUCUUGUGUUUUAGCAUCCUUAACUUCAAUAAAUUUUCUUGAAUCACUUAGCAUCUCAUUCAUUUUAUCCACAUAAUUUUUUGUAAACCCCCCCCCCAAAAUAGAAGGCCACCCUAUAUUAGAAGGGCACCCUAAAUAGAAGGCCACCUCAGAGGCAAUUCUGUAAAAUCCAUAUUAAAAGGCCAUGGCCUUUUAUUUUGUCUC